AUGGUGCAGCUCACGGACGACGGGCAGAUCCAGCCCCUGAUAUGGAAGCACCCCAUCGCACCCAUCCCAGCGUCGGUCUGGAAGGAGAAGCUCAGGAAAGCACACGAGUCAGACGUGUUCGGAUGCAUCAUCGAGCUCAAGGACACUGGCGAGUUCAUGGGCUGCGCGUCGCUCAAGAUCCCCGAGCCCAAGAACCGAGACGGGUUAUUCUCGAUCGUGCUUGCGCUCAAGUUCUGCAAUAGCGGCUACGGGUCGGAGGCGAUGAAGUUCAUCGUAGAUCAUGCGUUUAGGUGGUAUGGUCUGCAUCGUGUGUCUUUGGACACGUUUGGGAACAAUACAAGGGCGAUUGCGGCGUACGAGAAGCUGGGCUUCGUGGAAGAAGGGCGGGGCCGUGAGGCGAUAUGGCUGGAUAAUAAAUGGGUGGAUGGUGUCUCCAUGGGCGUGUUGCGGAGGGAGUGGGCGGAGAAGUACUGGAAGUCUGAGUCGGGAAAGGAUGCAUGA